AUGCAGCGAUUCAGAAAGGAGUGUGUGUGUGAUCGGCCGGGUCUGGGGUCUGAGUGUGAGAGCGUGCCCCCUUUCACCCUGUGCCAUGAAGGCCUCCUCUGUUCUCCAGCCCCUGGGCCUCUCCCCGGCUCUCCCACCCGCUUCCUGUGCACUGAGCGCGCUCAGACGCUGGCCCCCACUCCACACUGGCUGCAUUCACAACACUCUGCCACUCCGCAUUACCCUAACCUGCAGUGUUUACUGCGUGAGGCCCCUGUGCUUGUGACCUCCAUCCCAGAUCACGCUUCACCAGUUGAGCUGCACAAGAAGAGUCUUCCUCUGACUCAUGUCUCUAGCAGCUUCCUGUCCACUGGGCUGGAGCCUGGCUACAGAGCGAUGCUGUCCCCUCCCUGCCAAGCCACACUGGCCUUCCGCCCCUUCUCUCUGGUAAUUUCUUUGCACAUCCUGAUGGAGAGCUAUUGGAAUUUUCUAAGAAACUGUAGAAGGCCUGAAAGGAAAGUUACUUUGGCCAUUCUGGGACUCGAUAAUGCGGGGAAAACUGCAACACUUCGAAGCAUUCAAGGAGAAAACCCAGAAGAUGUAUGGCCUACUGUGGGAUUUUCUCCCGUGGACCUGAAACAAGGACAGUAUGAUGUGUCCAUCUUUGACCUCGGUGGUGGAGAGCAUAUUCGUGACAUGUGGAAUCACUACUUCUCCGAGUGUCAUGGUGUGAUGUUUGUGGUGGACUCCAGUGAUGUCCAGCGCAUGAGUGAAACCAGGUUCAUGCUGGCCAAGGUUCUAAGACACCCCCUCAUCGCAGGGAAGCCAGUUCUUUUCCUGGCAAACAAACAGGACAAAGAAGGAGCCCUGCAGGAGGCAGAUAUCAUAGGUCGCCUGUCCGUGGAGACGAUUAUGAAUCUAAACAAAUGCCCCUACAAAACAGUGUCGUAUUCUGCUGUGAUGCCCAUUGGGAAGAAGGCCAUUCAGGGUGGACUGGAGUGGCUUCUGAAGACUGUGGGCAUAGGCUACAACAUCAUCAAUGAGCAUGUGCAGAAGGACACGGCUGAGCAGAGGGAGCAGGAGGACAAGUACAGGAAAGAGCGGGCGGAAAGGGUGCGCAAUAUUCGAGAGGAGAGGGAAAGGAGAGAGCAGGAGGAGGCUGAGCAGGAGGAGGCUGAGGGUAAGACUGCAGAGCUGGACCAGGGGGAGAAGAGCAUCAUGGGCAACCCUGUCCAGCCAUUCGGAGACAUCAUCCCAGAGAUGGUAACAAAGAAGACAGAGAGCAAGGACCAUAGUCCAAAGAGGAAGAGGAAGCUGAGCUUCUGGAAGAAGAAUAGAGUGGCACCACUGAUACCAGAUGGCCCCGCUAAAACGCGCGGCUGUCUCAAGAGCUGGUUUGGCUGGUUCAAACGCAGUGUGGUGACGCCACAGUGAUGGGGCUCCUCCCUCAAGCCCACUGCAUAAGAUGACCCUGUGCAAGCUCCUCCAAUCUCAGCUGCCAAACCCAAAGGGUCUCCCACCUUACCCCCAAGAGCUCUGCCAUAGGCAGAAACAAAGACAUAAAAAAAAGAAAUUGUGCCAUUAUAUCAUAUGCAAAAUACAGCUGAUGCCAUAGUCUCUCCAUUUGAGUGGAACAUUAAGAGAACCACCUCAUUAAUACAACAUUCGACCAUCCAAUUUUAAGUGAUUCUGAGUUUUUAAUUUAUGCUGUGUCCUACUACUACUUCUUCUUCUUCUACUACUACUACUGCUACUACUACUAUAAAUUCUACUACUACUGCUGCUA